AUGUGGAGAAGCCUGCUGCCGUUACUUGCACUCAUACAUUGGACACAGGCAGCAUGGUGGAUCACAGAAGAUACCCGGUGUGACCCUCUACAGAAAGGCUGGUUGCCAUACACAGGAUGGAGAUUCUUUCGGUCAUUUGAUUACUCCUUUGGUUUGAGAGCACUCGCGUCUGGUGGCUUUCCGAUCAGCUCAAGGCACUUUAUUCGAAUGACCCACUGCAAUAUGGGCAAGGUGGACUAUGAAGCUGGAGUGCCCUGUCAGCGGAGGGACGACUUCGUGUGGAACACAGACUACUGCAUCUCGCCUACUACGUGCUUUCGGCCUGUCCGACGUAAGAAGUACGCCACACGAGACAUGGCAAUCUACCUUCCCUUUGCUACCGUGGUAGGAGGUCUGUUCAUCUGUCCUAAUUUUCGAGCUACUGGUAUCAAUUGCACCAACGAAAACGCAGUUCCAAUCAAACCGCUGAUAGCAGACUUCGCGGGAUACAAAUGGACGGAAUACCCAAGCUACACCAACGUGGAACAACAGGUUCCAUACUUGUACACUCCAGAUAUACUGGAUGUGCGGUUCCGAAAACCUUUCACUAGCGAAGAUUGGUCGGAAUUUUUGGACGUGAAUGAAGAUUACGACUGGUCUAAUGAUGAUCGUACUGCUAUAAACAAGGCUGUCACGGACUCUCUGAACUUGCUGCAUGGUUACCUAGAUGCUUCAGAUGGGGUUCUAGCGCAAGCUACCUCAGGGAGUCAUUGGAGAACCAUGUUUGGACAGCUUGAGGGAGCUACUCGGGAAUUCGUUUCUGAUACUCUUCGUUCCAUGGCAGAUAGAAUCAGUGUUAAAGAAAAGAGAAUAAGAUAA